AAUAUUCUUCAAAUUUCUUUUUUUUUUUUUUUUUGAUAAAAAAUGGAACACCCUUUUGAUCAAGAAGAACAAAUGGACCUCCCACCGGGUUUUCGAUUUCAUCCGACUGAUGAAGAACUCAUUUCUUAUUACCUUUACCCCAAAGUUUCUGACAUCAAUUUUGUGGCCCGAGCAAUUGGUGAAGUUGAUUUGAAUAAAGUUGAGCCAUGGGAGCUUCCAUGGAGGGCGAAACUUGGAGAGCAAGAAUGGUUCUUUUUUUGUGUUCGUGAUCGAAAAUACCCGACCGGGUCAAGAACAAACAGAGCAACAACUGCAGGGUAUUGGAAAGCAACAGGAAAAGACAAAGAAAUAUACAAAGAGAAAUCUCUUGUGGGAAUGAAGAAAACACUUGUGUUUUAUAAAGGAAGAGCUCCAAAAGGUGAAAAAACGAAUUGGGUUAUGCAUGAAUAUCGAUUAGAUGGCAAGUUUUCAAGUAAUAAUCUCCCAAAAUCCGCUAAGGGGGAAUGGGUCAUUAGCAGGGUAUUUCACAAGAGUUCUGGUGGGAAAAAGAUUCCAAUUUCGGGUUUAUCAAGGAUCAGAAAUGGAAAUGACUAUGAUACAAAUUUCGGGUCUGCAGGUAUGCCUCCAUUGAUGGAGAUAUCAAGUGUGGAUGGUGGAUCAAAAACCGAAACAUCGCACGUAACCUGCUUCUCCGAAUCAAUGGAGGAACAGAAGCCGAAUAAUGAAGAAAUGAUGGGAAGUUGGACCUCGGGCACUUCUUUAAUGGCGUCGAGAGGCGAUAACGUUUACCCAAUGGUUCAAAACAUGGAAAACUUUCAGUACCAGGACUCGACAUGGAUGCAAGACCCGUCGAUCCUUAGGAUCUUGCUCGAUGGCAAUAACGAAUCGAACAUGAGGCAAAACCCGAAAACCGAAUUGGUGGAUCAUCAGGAUUAUGGUAUUGGUAUGAAUAUGGGAAGUCAAGUUGAUCUUGAUUGCUUAUGGAAUUAUUGAGCAUAUUAUAUGAAUUGGGAAGUUUUAGUGAUAAGAGUAGAAAGAAGUAAAGAUUGUUGGUUUUCAAGAUUUUCAUCAUGGAUUGAUGCUUGUUAAUACAUUUUAGGUUAACUGUAAUGAUUUGAUAGGAUAAAAAGGGAUUAUGCAAUGUAAAUCAUGAAAUUAAUCUUGGGUUUUUAGUAGUAAUAUUUAUAUUUA